GGAAAGGAAGACAUUCUCUACAAUGUGAAUUUCUACGGAGUAAUUCCUGAUUUUCCAAAGAAGGAAGAGUUCCCCAGCACAUCAGUCUAAUUAGACCUCUGUUUAUCCAUCCAGCCCAGAACUCCUUUGUUUUUCUUCUGUAAUCAUGGCAAAACCUUACGAAUUCAACUGGCAGAAGCCAGUCCCCUCUUUCCUGCAGGAUGGAGCUGUGUUUGAUAGAUAUGAAGAGGAAUCCUUUGUCUUUGAAAGCAACUGUCUCUUCCAAGUGGAUGAAUUUGGGUUUUUUCUGAGCUGGAAAAGUGAAGGAAAGGAAGGACAGGUGUUAGAAUGCUCCCUGAUCAACAGUGUGCGUUUUGGAGCUGUACCAAAGGAUCCCAAAAUCCUGACGGCACUCGAGGCUGUUGGAAAGUCAGAGAACGAGUUGGAAGGACGGAUAGUGUGUGUUUGCAGUGGCACAGACCUGGUGAACAUCAGCUUCACUUACAUGGUAGCGGAAAACACAGAAGUAGCCAAGCAAUGGGUGGAAGGGCUUGGAUCCAUCAUCCACAACUUUAGAGCUAACAAUGUCAGUCCAAUGACAUGUCUCAAGAAACACUGGAUGAAGUUGGCCUUCCUAACAAACACAAACGGGAAAAUUCCAGUUCGGAGCAUUACCAGAACCUUUGCAUCAGGUAAAACAGAAAAAGUCAUCUUUCAGGCACUUAAGGAAUUAGGUCUUCCCAGCGGAAAGAAUGAUGAAAUCGAGCCUGCAGCAUUUACUUACGAGAAAUUUUAUGAGCUCACCCAAAAGAUAUGCCCCCGAACUGACAUAGAGGACCUCUUUAAGAAGAUCAAUGGAGACAAAACUGAUUAUUUAACGGUAGACCAAUUAGUGAGCUUUCUAAAUGAACAUCAACGAGAUCCUCGGCUCAAUGAAAUUUUAUUUCCCUUUUAUGACACAAAAAGAGCAAUGCAGAUAAUUGAGACUUAUGAGCCAGAUGAAGACUUGAAGAGAAAAGGUGUCAUAUCCAGUGAUGGGUUUUGCAGAUACUUGAUGUCAGAUGAAAACGCCCCGGUUUUCUUAGACCGUUUGGAAUUGUAUCAAGAAAUGGACCAUCCUUUGGCUCAUUAUUUCAUCAGUUCCUCUCACAAUACCUAUUUAACAGGCAGGCAGUUUGGUGGCAAGUCUUCAGUGGAGAUGUACAGACAAGUGCUUUUGGCUGGAUGCAGGUGUGUGGAGCUGGACUGUUGGGAUGGCAAAGGUGAAGACCAGGAGCCAAUAAUAACACAUGGAAAGGCAAUGUGUACAGACAUUCUUUUCAAGGAUGUAAUUCAAGCCAUUAAGGAAACAGCAUUUGUUACAUCAGAGUACCCUGUCAUCCUUUCGUUUGAAAAUCACUGCAGCAAAUACCAACAAUACAAGAUGUCAAAAUACUGUGAAGAUCUUUUUGGAGAUCUCCUGUUGAAGCAGCCUCUAGAAACACAUCCACUUGAUCCAGGUAAAGCCUUACCAUCUCCUAAUGACCUCAAAAGAAAGAUUCUCAUAAAGAAUAAAAGGCUGAAACCUGAAGUAGAAAAAAAACAGCUUGAUGCCCUGAAAAAGAUGAUGGAGGCUGGGGAAACUGCUGCUCCCAAUAUCCUAGAAGAUGAUAACGAAGAAGAGAUAGAAAGCGCUGACCAGGAAGAAGAAGCUCACCCCGAGUACAAAUUUGGAAGUGACCUUACUGUCGAUGAUUACAGUCAAAAAGAAGCUGUCGCCAUCAGUGUCAAAAAGGCUGUUGAAGAUUCUGAGCAAGAAAACAAUAAAAAGGGUUUAGUAACUGUUGAAGAUGAACAAGCGUGGAUGGCAUCUUACAAAUAUGUAGGUGCCACAACCAAUAUACAUCCAUAUUUAUCAACAAUGGUCAACUAUGCUCAACCUGUAAAAUUUCAAGGUUUCGAUGUAGCAGAAGAACGUAAUAUUCACCACAAUAUGUCCUCUUUCAAUGAAUCAGUCGGACUAGGGUAUUUGAAGACUCAUGCCAUUGAGUUUGUGAAUUACAACAAACGACAAAUGAGUCGGAUAUACCCAAAGGGAGGCCGAGUGGAUUCCAGUAAUUACAUGCCUCAAAUUUUCUGGAACGCUGGCUGCCAGAUGGUCUCACUGAACUAUCAGACCCCAGAUUUAGCAAUGCAGUUGAAUCAAGGGAAAUUUGAGUACAAUGGAUCGUGCGGGUAUCUCCUUAAACCAGAUUUCAUGCGACGACCAGAUCGAACGUUUGACCCGUUCUCUGAAACUCCUGUAGAUGGUGUAAUUGCUGCAACAUGUUCUGUACAGGUAAUAUCUGGUCAGUUCUUAUCAGACAAAAAAAUUGGUACGUACGUGGAAGUGGACAUGUACGGCCUGCCCACGGACACGAUACGUAAGGAAUUCCGGACACGGAUGGUGAUGAACAAUGGUCUGAACCCUGUUUACAACGAGGAGUCGUUUGUGUUUCGAAAGGUUAUUCUCCCUGAUCUUGCUGUCCUGAGAAUAGCAGUGUAUGAUGACAACAAUAAGUUGAUUGGUCAGAGGAUCCUGCCUCUGGAUGGGCUGCAAGCAGGUUACAGACACAUUUCCCUUCGGAACGAGGGCAACAAGCCACUCUCUCUCCCAACGGUUUUCUGCAACAUUGUGCUUAAAACAUACGUGCCUGAUGGUUUUGGAGAUAUUGUGGAUGCUUUAUCAGAUCCAAAGAAAUUUUUGUCUAUCACAGAAAAAAGAGCAGACCAAAUGAGAGCUAUGGGUAUCGAAACUAGUGACAUAGCUGAUGUACCAAAUGACACUUCAAAGAACGACAGGAAAGGAAAAGCCAACAAUCCCAAAGCCAACGUAACACCUCAGAGCAGCUCUGAACUUCGCCCAAGCACCACCGCAGGCUCCGGGACUGACGCUAAGAAAGGUAUAGACCUCAUUCCUCAAGUGAAGAUAGAAGAUUUAAAACAGAUGAAGGCUUACAUAAAGCAUUUAAAGAAACAGCAGAAAGAGCUGAAUGCUUUAAAGAAGAAACAUGCAAAGGAGCACAGCGCUAUGCAGAAGUUGCACUGCACCCAAAUUGACAAAAUAGUGGCCCAGUAUGAUAAAGAAAAGGUCUCAUACGAGAAGAUGUUAGAGAAGGCAAUCAAGAAGAAGGGGGGAAGUAAUUGUGUUGAGUUGAAGAAAGAAACAGAAAUUAAAAUUCAGACACUAACAUCAGAUCACAAAUCUAAGGUCAAGGAGAUUGUGGCUCAGCACACUAAAGAGUGGUCCGAGAUGAUCAACACGCACAGCGCCGAAGAGCAGGAAAUCCGUGACCUGCACCUGAACCAACAGUGUGAACUGCUGAAGAAACUGCUGAUUAACGCUCACGAACAACAAACCCAGCAGCUGAAGUUCUCCCAUGACAGGGAAAGCAAGGAGAUGCGUGCCAACCAGGCUAAAAUAUCUAUGGAGAACAGCAAAGCCAUAAGCCAAGACAAAUCUAUCAAAAAUAAAGCUGAAAGAGAGAGGCGAGUCAGAGAACUGAACAGCAGCAACACAAAAAAGUUCCUGGAAGAGAGAAAAAGGCUGGCAAUGAAGCAGUCAAAGGAAAUGGAUCAGUUGAAAAAAGUUCAGCUUGAGCAUUUGGAAGUCUUGGAGAAGCAGAACGAGCAGCUUUUGAAAUCCUGUCAUGCAGUCUCUCAAACACAAGGCAAAGGAGAUGCAGCAGAUGGUGAAGCUGGAAGCAGAGAUGGAUCGCAGGCCAGCAACAGUGGUCUGAAGCCUCAACAAGCAAAUUGAAGUUGGAGAACACAGCAUCCUUUUAAAAUGAGAGCAAAAUUCAAAAUAACAUUGCUGAGGCUGAAAAGUGGGCUUUUUUCCUUUUUUUUUUUUUUUUUAUUAUUUUCUUUUUUUUUGGUUUUGUUUUGUUUUUAGAAGGGGGUUGUUUUGGGUUUUUUUUGUUUUUAAUAUGUAAAGCGUAGCUACGGACCACCAAGUCUUAUGGUUUGCAUUAUUUCCUUUUUUUUUUUUUUUAACACUGGGCACUGAAUUUCCUUUGUUGGAUUUCUGAAGAUGAAGACGGUUUUUUUUUUAAACCCCAUCCCCGUGUUCCUUCCCGUGUCUCAUCAGGCAGCUUGCCUGCACCAGAAUUACACAAUCAGAGCCUCGAAACACAGCAGAUACUUUUAACAUCAUCUCAGAUGGCAACAAAAACUGUAGUCGAGUCAUGCUAUUUACCAUUUCAGUGACAGGUUGUGUAGAAACCCCCCUGCUGCCAGAUCCCGACAAGCAGCCGCUCGUCAGAUGCUCGACACCUCGUGUCACCGCGCCCGCCGACCCGGAUCUUAUGCCAGGUCACCCUAAUAAUCAGGAGAGUGAGGAGCUGAGUUGGGGUGAUUAUAAAUUAUGUUCCAAGGUAUUUUCCAGGCAGCAGGCAGUCGAAAGGUAACUGCGUGUAUUCAGAAGUACAAGUAUGUACAAAGUCAUCGGCCAAAUUCAUCCGCUGCAACAGUAACUUGACAGGAUGUUGCUGCAGCCUAAUGAUGUCAUUCACAAGUGCCAUAUCAACUCUGUCAUAAUGUCUGAAAGGAGCCCAUAUCCUGUAAAAGUUGCUGCAGUGGAUAACCUGAGGGAAAUACAGUGUAUUUGUGCCAAAACUGAUCAGUGCUCUAAGGAAUUACGUAUUAGGCACUUUAAGAAAAGUUUACAUCCUACAUUGCUUGUAUAGAAAUUGCGUUUUGAUCCUGUUGCUGCAGAUCCCGGAUACUACAGUUCGUUGUAACUUAAAAGAUUGUUUAAAUGGCUUUUGGCAAAAAGUUUGUAACUGUGAAAAUGUAAAAAGUAUUUAUACACUUGGGAAUCACAACAUUGUAGAAAAUCACAUACAUGUUGCCACGUGAUAAAAAUUAGUGAGCAGAAAUGCUAAGAGUAUGUUUGCAUGUGAUACAAACGCUACUAAGACUGUAAUGCCUACUAUAUGACCACAGUCAUGCUACUAGCUGGUAAAUACUGAGUAAAUGUAUGGCACAGAAUAUUGUUUGAUUAAUUACAAAGACUUUUAGCAUUACAAGGUCUCUCUAUAUAUGUGUGUAUAUUAAUUACGUGGGCAUUCUUGAUACUUGUAGUAAAAGAAAAGUACAUAACUAAUUUAAUUUUACACAGAAGUAUUUAUGCAGAUUUUCAGAAUUUCAUAUCAGGAAUAACCUUUUUAUGUCCAUUAGAUAUAAAAAACCAAUUUGCUAAUGUGUUAAUUUGCAUGUUUCCAGAGCUUGCUGUAGUUAUAUUGCAAAACAAUGCAUGUAAGCAUUCCGCUUGGAAUUUGUCCAUGCUGCCAAUUCAAAGAUGACUGCAUGGAAAACUGGUAGUUUAGAACAAAUCAGAUUCCUGAUUUCAAUGUACUAAGCACCAAUUACUUUGUUGUAUAUGCUUGUACAAACAAAUUCUACAUAUUCCUAUAAACAAAAUAAAUGAAAAGAGAUAAUUAUGUUAUUGUCGGUCCUGAGAUGAAACUUUCAACUUCUCUAAUAAAAACCUUAAAAAUUCCAA